UCCGACCACCGCACCGCUUCUUCGCCAGACACGAUGUUCUCCGACCGCGUCCAUCCUCACUCUCCUCCGUCGCAGGAACGCUCCCUCUCUCCCCGCUCCUCCGACUCCUCUUCCCAAAGCUUCAUCCCCAAACUGCCGCCGCCGCCAGGACACUACGUCAUCCAGGUCAAGAAGGACCUCAUCCUCCGCGUGCCCCCGCCGGAGGACGAUCGCCGAGUGUCCCUCUACGCACGCCGCUCCGAUUCCCGCCGCCGCAGCCUCCUCUGCUUCCUCGCCUCGGCCGUCGCCUCCCUUUCUUUUAUACUUUUCCUCGUCGCCGUCAUCAUUCUCUACUUCGUCUGCCAUCCUAAAGAGCCAGUAAUCUCCAUCGACGCUCUCUACGUCAGGAACUUCAACCUCUCCGCCGCCGCCCUCUCUCCGGAGUUCGUCGCCACCUUUCGAGCGGUCAACCCCAACAAGCGGCUGGGCAUCCAUUACCUCAGCGGGGGCGAGGUGACGGCAUCCUACGGCGGAGUCAAACUCGGCGACGGUGCUUGGCCGGACUUCUUCCAGGAGCUGCGCAACGUGACGGUGUUCGACGCAGACCUGACGGCGUCAGGUUUCAUACUGUCGUCGGCGAUCCUUCAAGACUUGGCGGCGGCUGAGAAGCGCCGUCAGGUGCCGUUACUCGUCGACGCGUCGGUGCCCGUCCAGUUUAAGGCCGGCGCCAUCACGAGCUGGACCAUCAUCUUCAAGCUUCGGUGCGACGUGAUUGUUGAUCGUCUAACGCCGGCCUCCAAAAUUAUUUCGGAAUCUUGCGGGAUCGAAAUGCAAAUUUAAUUAAUAUUUAUAUUAUUAUGUCAUAUUUUGCGAGACACUUGUUAACAUUUUCUAUCCCAA